AUGAUGGUGAAUUCCAUCGAUCUCCAGAAGUCGAAUUAUUUUUCGCUUUUGACUCGAGAAAUGACCUAUAAGAUCACCAUUCCAGCAGUGAAGAUCAAUACUGGCUUGGCUCCUCCUUCUCUCCCGCUCCUUCCCGAUGACGAAAGCUUGGUAUCCCCCGAACCCUGCCAAUCCUUGGAGGCAGGCACUGUCUUCAAGCUCGAACCCAACCCGGAUGGUUCCAACACCACGGCGGUGAGCAUUCCAAUGCCUGCGAAUACCCUCACAGACGAGGACGAAAAUGAAGCAGAGUUUGGCGAGUUCCUUUUGGAUGCUGUUGACUGGCUCUAA